GGGGCAGCGCCGCCGCCCCUCGGCGGGACCCCGGCGGGGCGCGGCGCGGAGCGGAGGCGGCGGCGGGUGGCGGAGGCGGCGGCCAUGACGCUCACCAAGGGCUCCUUCACGUACUCCAGCGGGGAGGAGUACCGCGGCGAGUGGAAGGAAGGACGCCGGCACGGCACCGGCCAGCUGACGUUCGCCGACGGCAGCGCCUACGUGGGGCACUUCGAGAACGGGCUCUUCCACGGCUGCGGCGUGCUCAGCUUCGCCGACGGCUCCAGGUACGAGGGGGAGUUCGUGCAGGGCAAGUUCAGCGGCGUCGGCGUCUUCACCCGCUACGACAACAUGACCUUCGAGGGCGAGUUCAAGGGCGGGCGCGUGGACGGCUUCGGGCUCCUGACGUUCCCCGACGGCUCUCACGGGGUGCCCCGCAACGAGGGCUUCUUCGAGAACAACAAGCUGCUGCGGCGGGAGAAGUGCCAGGCGGUGAUCCAGAGGGCGCAGAGCGCCUCCAAGUCUGCCCACAGCCUCACGGCGUGACGGCGCCCUGGCCCCUGCACCUCCCUCCCUCUGCGGCAGGGCCCCACCGGGCACCGGCUGGCCCUACAGGGCGGCAGGACCAUGGCGCUGCCAGCCACCCCCUCGGCAGGGCCAGGGGUCCCCCUGCCACGCCGGGCGGGCCCCUGUGCCAAAACCCUGCUGGUGGGAGAACGGACCCCUCUGCCCCCCACCCAAGUGCCCCAGGGCGGCUCUGAGGCCGCCGUGGCGCCUUCUCCGUCUGCCCACAGCCCUGGUUCUCCCCAGAACCCCCGCUCUGCCCCCGGCUCCACCAGAGCAGCCGCCAGCAGGGCUGGGGGAUGGCGUGGUCGGGGCUGCCACCAUGCCACGGGGAGCCGGGCGGGUGGCUAGGGGCUGGGGCUGGCUCCUGGCCCCAUUGCCUAGGGUGCCUAUGCCGGCGGGCAGCAGGCCGGGCCACGUGCCUGCAGAGGGGCAGCGCCUGGCCCCGCUCUUCCAGCCCUGGUCCCCCGGCGGGGCGGCACCCUGUGGCCUGUGCCCUCGGCGCUGGGUGACUGCCGUGCCCCCGAAGGGCUCAGCCUGCCCAUUGCCUUGGGGACAUCCCCGCCAAAGGGGACCAGGGGAUGCCUGGCCCGGCCUGUUCGUGCUGCGUCCCUGGGGAGCUGGGUGAGGACGGCAGCGGUGGCGAGCAGGAAGCAGGCUCAGCCUGGGCAAGGGGCCAGGGCAGGGCAGCGUGGGGUGCCAGGGCUGCUGCAGGGGGCUCUGGGCCGGGUGGGCAGGGAUAGGGGCACGGCAGGGGUGCAGGCAGGGCGCGCACAGCUCCCCGCCUCGCUCCCCGUGUGCAUCCCUCAUCCGCACGCGUGCUUGCCUUCACCCCUGGCAUGCUCUGGCUCGCAGGGGCGUGGGGUCCUGGCGUCCCGCCCCGCCUGGCCGAGCCCCCCCCUGCCGGUCUGUGCCCACACCAGUCCCGUGCCUUGCUGCGCCCCUGCCUUGUGCUGCCGCCUGCACGGGCCUCAGCUGAGUAAACCACGUUGCCAAACGCC